AUGGAAAGUGAAUAUAAUAAUAAUCAAUUUCAUUUUGAUCAAAAAAAUUAUUUUCUUCGUUUUAAAUCAAAUGAAAAUGAAAAGUUAAAUUCAAAAUUUUAUCAUAUUAACAAACAUAUUCGUCAUGCAUUGGAAUAUUUUGUUGAUGAUAUAAAACAGGAUCAAAAUAAAACUAUUGAUCGUUUUCUUAAUCAACAAUCUGUUAAUGAAAUUUUUCUAUUUAUUGCAAAAUUAUUAUUAUGUGAUGAUGAUCGUAUUUGUGGUAAUUCUGCUUAUAUCAUAGGCAGUAUAGUUGAAAUGGAUAAAGGUUUGAAACAAUUUUUAUCUAUAUUCACUGAUGAUUAUAUGUCAAAAACAGUUGAUAUUAUAUAUAUAUUAUGUCAAAUGUUAACACAUUCAGAUUCCGAUUGUGUAUUGAAUGCAACAGGGACACUCGGUACUAUAUCUGGCUCAAAAGAAGGACGUCACUUGAUUCUAAAACAUGUUUGUAUUACUCAGAUGGUUUUCAAUAUAUCAACAUUAUUAAACUCAGAUAAUCCAUGGAUUGCUAGUAAUGCAGCAUUAGUAUUCGCAAGAAUAACUGUAGAAGAAUCUGGUUGUCAAAUAAUCUUGACACAUGAUAAACAUCAUGCAAUAUUAAAUCAACUUUUAUCUGCACUUGAUGUAAAUGAUCCAAAUCGUUCAACAAAUAUUGCAUUUGCUAUUGCACGUCUAAUAGAAGGAGAAGCUGGCAAGAAGAUUUUAAUUGAUGAUUGUGGACAAAAUAAAUUUUUUGAAGCAUUAUUAAUAAUGCUUGAAAUCAAUGAAGAUAAAGGUAUUAAUAAAAACGCCUGUUAUGCAUUAAGUUGUUUAUGUACAAGUCAAUAUGGUUUUCAAUUAUGUCUUGAAUCGAUAACAUUAUUUCGUCGAAUACUUAUUGCUAUUGAAACAAUACUUUUAUCAAUGGAACAUGAAACUGUUUGGUUUGCUUUAAUGUGUCUUACAACAAUUGCUAAAUAUAAUGGAGCAUAUGAACAUUUAUGUUAUUCACAAAAAUUAUUAGGAAUAAUUAAACAAGUACAAGAAAAAUGGAUUGAAUUUAAAGAUAUACAAGAUGAAUCGAAAUUACUUUGGUUUAUGAUACAUAAAAAUAUCAAACCAAAACAACCUAAAAUUGAUGAAUGUCGAGAAACUUCUGUUGAUAUUUCUUGGGAUCCAUAUUUAUCUAUUGAAGAUGAAAAUGAAAUACAAUAUCGUAUUAUAUUAGAUGAUGUUCCUAUUACAAAAACACAUGAAACAAAUUAUUCUAUAAAUAAUUUAAAAUCGAAUACAAGUUAUCAUGUAAAGAUUCAAUAUAUAACAACACAAGGUGAAAGUAUUCCUAGUGAUCCAACGAUAUUUCAGACGGAUGAUGAAUUACCACCACCGGUUAUUAAUCUUCGUGUUGUCCGUACAUCAACAAUAGCCAUUCGUAUAGCUUGGGAACCACCUGACCUUAGUGCUUGUAAUUCUUUCAAAGGUUAUCAAACAUAUUUAAAUAAUGUUGAAUAUGAAUUUACCGAUGAAUGUGAAAUUACAAUUAAUUCAUUGACAGCUAAUACAACUUACAAAAUCGAUGUAUGUGCAGUAACUAUGAAAGGCAAAGGAUCAUGUACUUCAAUCUAUGUCAAAACUGAUUGUACUGGUGAUUCUGUUCCAGCACCACCAACAUUUCCAGUUAUUGGUCGACGUGAAUUACAUAUAAAAUGGCAAACACCGGAAAUUAUCUAUGGUCGAUUGUUUCGUUAUGAAAUUAUUUGUAAUGGUCGAUGUAUUUAUUCUGGUAUAGAUCAAGAAUAUCAUGCAACAAAACUUAAACCUGAUACGGAAUAUUCAAUAGAAGUUCAUGUUAUUACUAAUGAAGGUCGUUUUCGUAGUCGACCAGCAAGAACUCGAACAUUGAAAGAUGAAUUUCAAACUACUGUUCGUCAUUCGCUUUAUGAACGAUCAAUACACAGUCCAAUUAGAUUUAAACGUGCGGAUACAAUUACUUCACGAAAAGUCUCACCAAAUAUUGAACGACGUUUAGCAAAAGAAAUGCCUGUUAUAAAUCAAAAUGUACAAAUUACAACUGUUCGUUCCGUACAAUUGAAAUCAGACAUACCAUCGUAUAGUCGAACAUUACCUGGUCUAUUUCGAAACGUAGAAUCACGUCCUAGUCGUAGUCGAAGUUUACAUCGAUCAAAAACAGAUUUACCUUUACAACAAAUAGCAACAACUGUAAUUAUUCCUACAUUUGAUAUUAAUCAUCAUUCACACAUCAAUCAUUCGAAACGACCAAAAUCCUAUCGAUAUCCUUUAACAACAAAAUCUCUUGAACGUUCACCAUCAAUUUCAUUAGCUGGUUCUGCACAUGUUUUACGACGAUUUAGUUAA